AUGGAUAACUCCCAGCAACAACAUAAUACCUCACCACAUUCUCAGCAACAAUCUCUUCAACAAUCUCUUCAACAGAAUCAACAGGUAGAGUCUGCGAACUUUGCUGAUCCCGUUGUAAAGGCUGAACAUGCUGGUGAUGCUUCAAUCGCGGCAAAGGAAACAGAUACAAAGAAAAAGAGAGCCGGACCGAAGAGGAGAAAAGUCACUCAUG